AUGCAUUUGCAGCUCACCAUUGCCCUCCUCGAGAAGGAACUACUUGCAGCUGAGGCUAGCAUAGUCGCUGUAGGUGCCUCUCGUGGCGACCCCCGCACCCCGUUCUUUGAGGGGUGUUCUCCUUCCCCCCUUCUUCCCUCUGUCGCCUCUGCUGCUGCUGUCGACCUCGUUGGUGCUGAGAAGGUCGGGACUGCGUCUGCUUCGAGCGGACGCCGCAGCGGCAAGGGCAAAGGGGGCAAGGGAGGCGGAGGUGACGGCGGGGGAGGGGGUGGUGGGGGGGUGGCGGCGGUGGGGGUGGUGGCGGGGCUGGAGGGGCGAGUGGCAGCGGUGGGGGUGGUGGCGGCAGCGGCGGGGGAGGUGGCAAGGGCGGGGCCGGUGGUGGGGGUGGCGGUGGACGCGGCGGCGGCAGGGGUUGGGGUGGUCGAGGAGGUGGGGGCGGAGGUGGUGGUCGUGGAGGCGCUGGCGGUGGCCAGAGCCAGCAGCACACUCCGUCGCCCCAGGAGGUCCGUGAGUGGUACUCUCAGCACGGGGGGGGGGGUGGCUUUAGCUGCACACUUUGAUGCUAUUCUCACUGCCAUGUAUGUGAUGUCUACUAGUGGAGAGGGUGCUGAGUACCUGUGUGUUCCGCCCGACCCGGGCAUUAGGACCAGUGCGUCUGCCGCUUCAGGUCCUCGCGUGUCUGCUACCUCAGGUGCUGGUGAGGCUGCUGCUCUAGGUGCCAGUGCGUCUGCCGCCCCUGGUACUGAGUCGACUGAGGCACUACACACCUUCACACUGGACUCAGGUGCUUCUCGCUGCUUCUUUCGUGACCGCACUGUCCUUGAGCCGCUUGCUCGGCCAGUUGCUGUCUCCCUCGCUGACCCCUCUGGGGGCCCGGUCGUUGCGACCUCCUCCACUGUCCUUCCCUGUCCUGCGGUCCCGACGCGGGUGUUCACCAGUUCACCCCUGCCUACGAGCGCGUGA